GUAUCACGUGACGCAGUCCUGGGGGUUGUGGAGCGCAUGCGCAGUAGUGGCUUGGAGGCCGCGCUCCCCUGGUCGCUUGGAGACUGUUGCCGGGCAGCGGAGGCCGCGUCACUGCAACUUCCGGCCGCCGACGCCGUCAGAUCCCAUUACGGCCGCCUGGAGAAGAUGACCGACCUUGUGGCCGUGUGGGAGGUCGCGCUCAGUGACGGGGUCCACAAGAUUGAGUUUGAGCACGGAACGACAUCAGGGAAACGCGUGGUCUACGUGGACGGGAAGGAAAUCAUCAGGAAGGACUGGAUGUUUAAACUGGUUGGGAAGGAGACGUUUCCGGUGGGAGCCUCGCAGAUGAAGGCCACCAUCAACAUCGACGCCGUCAGCGGUUUUGCCUAUGAGUACACCCUGGAGGUAAACGGCAAAAGCCUUAAGAAAUACAUGGAGAACCGAUCCAAGACCACCAACACCUGGGUGCUGCACGUGGAUGGAGAGGACUGCCGGGUGGUGCUGGAGAAGGACACAAUGGACGUCUGGUGCAAUGGUCGGAAGCUGGAGACUGCGGGAGAGUUUGUAGACGACGGUACCGAGACGCAUUUCACCAUUGGCGACCGCGACUGCUGCAUUAAGGCGGUGAGCAGCGGCAAACGCAGAGAAGGCAUCAUCCACACGCUGAUCAUGGACGACCGGGAGAUUCCUGAGAGCACAGAGUAACAUGCGCCGGCGUCCAUUGCUCAGGGAUCCCCCGCCCUCUGCUCCUCCGUCCCUGCAGGACACGGUAUCUGUGCGGUGGCUUUAGCCGUCCGGCGCCGCUGAUCUCCUGCAGUGUUUAGUGCAGACAUUAGUGGACAUAGCCCCGGAUCUCAGCGCCAGGAGCCGCACACACCUAAUAACCUCCUCUUCCUCCAGCCGCCCGGAGGGGCACAAACUUCUCGUCUUCAGAGGAAUUUAUUUUCUUGAUACAAAAUAAGUUUUUGUUUUUUCACUUUUGUUGGAUGAAUCUUCUUUAUUGUUACAAAAUGCGUCAGAAACAAAAGAUUUGUCAUAACUGUACGACUAAGUCCUCUGUGCUGAUCCCGCUGUUACAUCAUAUCCUCCAGAGCUGCACUCACUAUUCUGCUGUUACAUCAUAUCAUAUCCUCCAGAGCUGCAUUCACUAUUCUGCUGUUACAUCAUGUUAUCCUUCAGAGCUGCACUCACUAUUCUGCUGUUACAUCAUAUGUUAUCCUUUAGAGCUGCACUCACUAUUCUGCUGUUACAUCAUGUCUUAUCCUCCAGAGCUGCAUUCACUAUUCUCCUGUUACAUCAUGUUUUAUCCUCCAGAGCUGCACUCCGUAUUCUGCAGUUAAAUCAUAUCUUAUCCUCCAGAGCUGCACUCAAUAUUCUGCUGUUACAUCAUGUCUUAUCCUCCAGAGCUGCACUCACUAUUCUGCUGUUACAUAAUGUCUUAUCCUCCAGUCACCUCCAGAGCUGCACUCACUAUUCUGCUGUUACAUCAUGUCUUAUCCUCCAGUCACCUCCAGAGCUGCACUCACUAUUCUGCUGUUACAUUAUGUCUUAUCCUCCAGUCGCCUCCAGAGCUGCACUCACUAUUCUGCUGUUACAUCAUGUCUUAUCCUCCAGUCACCUCCAGAGCUGCACUCAAUAUUCUGCUGUUACAUCAUGUCUUAUCCUCCAGUCAUCUCCAGAGCUGCACUCACUACUAGAAGAGCCACAAGGUGGAUAGCACUGUUCUGUAUUGAGAGGUUAUGAGAUUAUACUGCAUAAGCCUGAAGAGCAGAAUAGUAAGUGCAGCUCUGGAGGGACAUGAUCUAACAGCAGAAAAGUGAGUGCAGUUCUGGAGGAUAAGACAGGAUGUAAUGGCAGAAUAAUGGGUGCAGCUCUGGAGGAUAAGACAGGAUGUAACAGCAGAAUAG